GGCUUAGCACUUCGGUGACUGGCACUCAUUUCUCUGACAAAAAAGUAAUUUCUAAUACGUAUACAGCAUAUAAAACAGGAUUGUCUCAGGAUUAUUCCAAAGUUUACCUUGCCUAUCAGUGACAAAAGGGAGAGUUGUUCACUGCACCGUCUGCAACGGCGGUAUCUCCAUAAUUGGCCCACUGGGAAACAUUUUGAAAACAUAUACAGUGGAAGAUACCAAACGUUUGCACAUAUCCACUGUCCCUCAACCUGGAUCCAGCCACCACCCAUCCACUCUCCAUCCACUGCUUCAUACAACAAUGAGCGUGCCUCCACGCCAAGGCGAACAGAUUUGGAGCUGAAGGUGUGUUGCCGUGCCAGUGAACAGCCAUUUGGAAGGAAGACUAGAAGAAACCUCUCCAGCUGAAGAUACCAUCUGAGCGACUGCUAGUGAGUGUGGAGAGCAUUUGAAGAGACAGUGCAGCAGGCAUCGUCGAGCUAAAGCAUCUGCCUGGCUGCGCAGCACCCCCACCAUGAGUGAGAGUCGAAGGGAAGCAUUGGCGGCGGCCCCCGUGCCCACCGCCACCUCUGCGGCCGGCGGCAACACCACCGAACUAGCUGGCCCGGGCACCGGCGAGAAGGACGAGGCCUUUUCCAAGCUGAAAGACAAGUUCAUGAACGAGCUGAACAAAAUUCCAUUACCAUCAUGGGCCAUUGUCUCUAUUGCCUUUGUGGCCAUCAUCCUGGUGUUAGCGUGCUGCUUCUGCAUCUGCAAAAAAUGGAUAUUCAAGAAGAAAAACAAAAAGAAGGGCAAAGACAAGGGCAAAAAUGCCAUCAACAUGAAGGAUGUCAAAGAUGGAGCCAAAACCGAGGCCUUGAAGGAUGAGGAUGAUGCGGAGACAGGGCUGACCGAUACGGAGAAAGAGGCCGAGCCCAAGGAGGACGAGAAACUGGGCAAAUUACAAUACUCCCUGGAUUACAAUUUCACAGAGAAUACGCUCAUAGUGGGGAUUAUCCAGGCUGCAGAGCUGCCCGCUAUGGACAUGGGUGGCACGUCUGACCCCUAUGUAAAGGUCUACCUGUUACCAGACAAGAAGAAGAAGUUUGAGACCAAGGUCCAUAGGAAGACCCUCAACCCCACCUUCAACGAGCAGUUCACCUUCAAGGUGCCCUACGUUGAGCUAGGAGGCAAGACACUGGUGAUGACGGUGUACGAUUUUGACCGCUUCUCCAAACAUGACGCCAUUGGCGACAUCAAGGUGCCCAUGAAUAAGGUGGACUUCAGCCACAUAACAGAGGAGUGGCGGGAUCUGCAGAGCGCCGAAAAGGAGGAGCAAGAGAAGCUGGGUGAUAUCUGCUUCUCACUGCGAUACGUGCCCACUGCCGGCAAGCUGACCGUGGUCAUCCUAGAGGCCAAGAACCUGAAGAAAAUGGAUGUGGGAGGCUUGUCAGAUCCAUAUGUGAAGAUCCACCUGAUGCAAAACGGCAAGAGGCUGAAGAAGAAGAAGACGACAAUCAAGAAAAACACCCUCAACCCUUACUACAACGAGUCCUUCAGCUUUGAAGUACCAUUUGAACAAAUCCAGAAAGUUCAAAUUGUUGUAACUGUUCUGGACUAUGACAAGAUCGGCAAGAACGAUGCCAUCGGCAAGGUCUUUGUGGGCCUCAACAGCUCGGGGACGGAGCUGCGCCACUGGUCCGACAUGCUGGCCAACCCCAGGAGACCCAUCGCCCAGUGGCACGUGCUGAAGCCCGAGGAGGAGGUGGACGCUCAGCUCUCCACCAAGAAAUAGGCGGGGCCCUUUCAGCGCCCGCCUCGUAGUGCUCUUUAGCCAGUAUGUGUAAAUACCUCAGUGAUAUAUGGAUCCAUCCAUCGUCCGCCUCCCCGCCCCGCCCAAAAAGAGUCUUUCCCAGAUUUCCCCCGCCUCACUUCCCACUGCGUGUCUUAUUGCCCCCUCUUUUCUAAAUGUUCAAACUUGCGACACUCCAUCCCUCAGCUUUUCAAACCUCCGUUUCUCUGUCCGGUUCUCUUCGUCCUUCCUCUGCCUUUCUUUUUCUCCGAGAUUCAUUCAUGUGUUUUCCAUCUCCACGCCCUUAUAUCCCCCCUUAACCAAAUGCCCCCUUCUUUUAAGCAAUAUGAUCUGUAUAGAUAGCGCAUGACUGAAAGAAUUUAUUGUACCACAGUUGUAUAUAUCAGUAUGCAGACAAAAAUGAUUUCUAGUUUGUGUUUGUAUGUUGUUACCCGUUUCCUAAUCUGUGUAUAUCUUGAUGUUUUUAAUAAGAUGUUCUAUUUUAAAUUAUGUAAAUGCAGAUAUAGAGGAAAGCCAAUAUUAUAUAUCCCAGGAUUUAAAAAUUUUACCUUAUUGCAUUCCAGAAAAAAAAUGGAAUUCCAACCUGCAAGAUGCUAGUGGAAAUACGUUCACACUGUAAAGGACGAUGUCUGGCUUUAAGUUUGGCAAAGGCUCAUCACAGAAAAGAUAACAGAAGAAUAUACACAUACAACUCAAAAAUAUAAGGCCAUUAACUACUAUGGUUCUGUGGGAAAAAAAAUUAUGCUGCUGGAAAUUAUACAAGCACAUGAUUUCUUAUAACUUUUUAUACUUAUUUCUCAGUCGGAGGACCUAUACGUUUAGCUUGAUGCACACUUUAUCAGAAGUAAUAUUCAAUUUCAUUUCUCCAUAUUUGGCAAGGCCCAUUUCUUCUAAGUGCAGUAGGUCCUCACGUUUAAAGGCCAUCUUUUACUUCAACUGCCUUGGCUUUUUUCCCCUCUAAAAACAGAAGAAAUGGUCUCCUCAUCCCCAAAAGACUCUUCUCUCCACCCUACAGACCCCAGGGACGGGGGGAAAAAAAAAAGCACCAAGCUGUAGCCAUUGUGUCCUUAAGCUUGUUUAACAAUAUUUUGUUACCUGCUUACUUUCAAUAGCCUUGUUGUCGUUGGAAAAUAUAUAUUGCGUUCAGGCUGGGGUCCAAGUCUCCGAGAGGGAGCGAAAGAGUCGCGACUCUAGUUUUAAGAUGACUAUUUUUUAGAGCAAUUCAACGUCUGACUAUUUUUCGUAAACUGCAUGAUUUUUUUUACAAUAUUUACUAAAGGCUGGGAUGGGGGGGAUGUACUGAUACCAGGGGCUGUCUCUUCUGAUAGGAUCCCCUUGCCUUCAAUCAGAGGAGCGAAAAAAAAAAAAUCUAGAGUAAUGUUUAAACUUUUGGAGCAACCAUAUGGGUCGAUAUAUGAUUAUAUUGACGGAGGUGAAGCGAGUUUUGAAACACUGCCAUUUCAGGGAGGUGACUUGUGUAUAAAAAGCCUCUCUUCAUGCACACUCCCACUUGCUAGUGGUUGUAGCUUUGGUUUAUUGGGAACAAUGUCUUUGGCUGCAAAUGGUGCCCUGAACAGCAGUCUUUGCUUUGCGUUGCCUUCUCACAGUGACAAUAGAGCUAGCCAUGUUUUACUGCCAAUUUUACCUUUUAUGUGGCUGCUGUUUUUGCACUGGAUGUCUUUGAACUGACAAUGGCUUGUUGACUUCUUUACACCAUUUGGACUAUAUUGGCUGGCUUACUUGAGGACACUCUGCAGGGGUAGCCAUCUACCUGGGAGACCUAAAAAAAAAAAAAAAAAAAAAGUCCUUGAUCGGCUGAACUUUUUCGAACCAACAAUCAAAUAAAAUCGUCUUUCAGCCAACAGCAGUUACAUCCGUUUUGUUUUAUUGUUGGCACAGGACAACAUCAAGAGAACGCGAAACAACCGUACAAGUUAAUGGUCUGCCUAGGCGAUUAUAGUAGUCCAUCAUGUCCUUUACUACGGGUCCAAUUUAAAAAAAAAAAAGGAAUAAGUUUUGAUCCAUGAAAACCAUGAAGUCUCUUACCUUGGAGGAACCUCUUGCAUAUACUCAAUGCUAGCUUCAGGAGGAGUUUCUAAAUGUUUUCAAUGUUAUUGUGUAGUUGAUAGCACUAUUAUGAAAAAGCUACUUGUCAUUCCAUAGGAGUCUCUGAAGACUGCUUUGUGUAUCACUGUGACUGCCGUGUGUGCUUAGAGAUGUAGACUUAUCAGUAGGUAGCGAACCAGUUUGUUCUGUAGUGAUGUUGUAGCGUUUAAUGCCAUCCCCCCUCCCCCCUUCUACAUGCAGAGAGAGUGCAUAGCAUCAUCAGCCCCAGCACUCUGCCCCGCCUUGUGGGGCUGAUCAACGGGGCCAUGCACGCCAAAAAAAAAGAGGUGGGAUGUUUUUACCCCCCCCUCCCCAAGCGAGAGCGGGUGGCUUCACACAGCAUUUUGUUGAGCACUGUGCAAUACUUUGUAUGUUCAUCCCAUAGUGUUACGUGGGUGGCGUUUGCCCGAGAAAAAGAUUCUAAACCCUAAAGACGACGAUGAUUUUUUGCGGUCGACAGAGAUGUAUAUCCUUUCCAGUUGGGACGGUCAGGACACAGCACACGUAGACUCUGCCUAGGUUACAGCUCGACACCUCUUGACCUCUGUUUAGGGUUCCCUCCCUUUUUUCCGGUUCAUUUUUCCUCUUGCACACAGUUCCAGCAUCAGAGGUUUCAGGGAGUAUUAGGAAAAUACCAAACUAGAUUCUUCAUUCAAAUCUCACCUUCCCCCCUUCAAAAUGCCAUGUAUAUAUUUACAUAAUCGUGUCAAAAAUGUAUAUCUAGAAUAAAUAUUAAGUGACAUGAAUAUAAUUAGUCACAAAUGUCAUUCUAUCUAUUAACCAUAUACUAUAUCUCAUGAUACUCCUAUAAUUUUCAAACUUUUUCUUUUUUUCCAUUUGUUUACUGCCCUAUUGAAUACCCUUUUAUAUUUGAGAUGAAAACUCUGAAUGUACAGUAUGAACUGUGGUGGUGUAGAUUACUUUUACCGUGAGAUUAGGUGUACUUUGCACUUUUUGUUGUAAAAAAAAAAAAGAGAAAAAUAUUACAGUCGAUUUAUUUAUUUAUUUUCUAUUAUUCUGAAUUCUUUCAUAACUCUAUUGGGUGGAGUUCCCCUCCCCUGUCCAAUAGUGUUCCAAAAUCACUGACUAUAUUUUAAUCACAGCUGUCCUCUUGAUCCAGGGGAUUGUUUUAUUUGACAUAUUUUACAUAUGUAGAUUCAUGAAUUCCAGCACAGCUUCAGAUUAAAAAAGAAUAAAUGAAAAGGAUUAAAGUACAAUGUAUAGGCUCUGUAAAAA